ACCUUGGAUACCUCGGAGCAGCUUCUAUUGAAGUCGGGCAUAGAAGAAACAACUGUCUUCCCUCAAUUUGUCCACGAUCUGGCUAACCGUGCCUAUGUACAUAGACUGUUGUCGCUAUUAAUCCUUCAUCCGCCAAGGUUUUCUUCCCGUCCCAAACCUCACCUUUGACCACAUCUGAGCACCAGAUAUACUUAUCCUUGAUACAACAGAAGUAAAAUGGGCUUAUUUUCCGACGUGUCCCACCUUUUCUUUGAUAUUGGGAUCAUGUCUUGGGAUGUCCUCCUCACACUCCUCAACCUCGUGAGGAGGAAGCGUCGCAUCUGCCAUGUCACCCCUGAGGGCCAUCCAGGUUAUGGAGGGCGCUGGCCUGAGUUUAGGCCUCCCCAGGAGACUGACUCCCGCUGCUCAUGCCCCGCACUCAACGCAAUGGCCAACCACGGCAUCAUCUCGCGCACCGGCCGUGGGAUCUCAUUUGUCGAGCUUAACCACCAUAUCCGGGCAACCUACAACUUCAGUCCUACCUUCUGCUCAUUUGCGCCGCACUUUGCUGCUCGCAUGCUUAAGAAAAGCUACAGCAACGAUACCUUCGAUUUGGAAGAAAUUGACCUGCACAAUGGUAUCGAACACGACGCAUCUCUCUUACGCCUUGACACCGCUUUUGAACCUAACCAAUCGAAGAAACACAUGCCUUUCAUCGAAGAGCUACUUGCGGCAGCUACUGGCAAGGACAAGGACGGUAAUGAUGUCCUCACCACCAAUGAUUUCUCCAGGAUGCUUGGCAAGCGUUGCGCAGUGGCACGUGCCGUAAACAAGGAGUUCUCCCUUAGCCUUUUCCACAAGAUCUUUGGUAGCGCAAAUGCCUCGACCCUAGUGACGGUUUUUGGAGGUCGUGUGGAUGACUUGCGCAGUUUUCUUCUUGACGAACGGAUCCCAGAGGGUUGGGAGUCGCGUGUCCGCCAACCUUACGGAAUGACGCUGAUGAACUUCAACAAGACUACACUGGGAGUUGAAUUUGGUGUGUGCGAGAAGGAUUGGGCGGAAGCAGCACAGGAGGCUGCAGAAGGCCAGGGUUCCUAAAAAAAAUGCACCCCGAAGCGGCU